AACACCGUCGGUGUCAGCGGCUAACGGCUGUUGCGGAGCUCGUUGUACAACGACUUCAACUAUGGCCAAGAAACCGGAUGACUUCGGAGAUUUAUGGCUGUGAUUACAUAACGAAAACAAAUCCAUUGCCACACUCCAUCCCCAGAUCUCCAUCUCUUCUCUUCGGCCAUGUCGUCACGCGUGCUGCUGCGGCAGCAGCUGAUGCGAGAACAAGCCCAGGAGCAGGAGAGACGCGAGGCCCAGCAGCAGUCCUCCGCCUCUCAGCUCCGGGCCACCGACUCCACUCCAGCCAUCUCCGUCACACUGCCCCCGAAUGCUGCCCGCCCGCCUCCGGCACAAGUGCCUGUGGAGGUGCUGAAAGUCCAGAGCCACUUGGAGAACCCCACCAGGUACCACAUCCAGCAGGCACAGAGGCAGCAGGUGAAGCAGUACCUCUCCACCACCCUGGGCAACAAUGCGGUGACUCAGACCAUGGGCUUGUCGCCUGUGCCGCAGUCCAGUUCUGCCCCUGAAGUUGCCCCCACUGCCAGCAGUGUCCCUAACAGUCCAAUGGCUCUGCUCAACAUCGGAUCCAACAAGGAGGAAAUUGACGACGUGAUUGACGACAUCAUUAGUCUUGAAUCCAGUUUUAAUGACGACAUCAUUACGUUAAUUGACUCGGGGCUUCAGUUGCCAAGCACGCUCCCGGGAAAUCUGUUGGAUAUCUACAAUAACUCUGGAAUGGCAGCACCGACGUUCACUGUCAGCAACUCCUGCCCCGCUGAUCUUUCACAAAUUAAAAGGGAAGUUCCAGAUGUAGACACCAAGUCGUUAAUGAAAGAAAGGCAGAAGAAGGACAACCACAACCUUAUUGAGAGGAGGCGGAGAUUCAACAUCAACGACCGCAUAAAGGAGCUCGGCACUCUGAUACCUAAGACGAAUGAACCAUAUCACAAUGAUGUCAGCGAGAUGCGCUGGAAUAAAGGCACCAUACUGAAGGCCUCCGUGGACUACAUCAGGAAGUUGCAGAAGGAGCAGCAGAGAGCCAAGGACAUCGACAUGCGUCAGAAUAAACUGGAGCUGGCCAACCACGGUCUCAUGUUGCGCAUCCAGGAACUGGAAAUGCAGGCGCGGCUCCACGGCCUGAGUCCCGAUCUAGCUCGGCUCCAGCAGCAGCAGCAGCAGCUCCCGCACGGCGGUCCGUCUCUGCCCCCCGGUGCAGAGGGCGUGUCCUCCCAAAACCUCCUCGGCCUGGGCGCGGCAGGCCUCGGGCAGCCUCUGCCGGCCUCCUUCCUGUCCCCGCCCUCCUCGGACUCUCCCGUGGGCGUCACCAUCAGUAGCCCCCUGGACCUGGGCAGCCUGAGCUUCGCCGAGCUGGACGACUCCUCGGCGUCGGCGCUCUACCCGGACGUGGGCCUGGGAGACUUUCUCAUGGACGAGGGGUGCACCCUGGACAGGAUGGCGGAGCCGCUCUUUUCCCCCUUGUCACCAGGUGCCUCGAAAAGCAGCAGCAGCCUUGAAAUGGACGAGGACUUGUGAUGAGCCCCGUGUGGCGGUCACUGACUGUCUGUCGGGACAAGAAUGUCGGGAUGUGCAGUCUAUCCUUAAAAAAAAAAACAUCAGUCUGUUUAUAGGACUGUACAUUUGAACUUCAAAAAGCAACAAAAAAAAUAGCUAAGAUUGAACUAACAUGUUCUUCUUGAUUUUGUAUUUGUUUUUCUUUUUGCCAUACAGGCCUAAUUAUUAUUGUCCCUGUUUGGAGCUGGUCAGAUAAAUUAUGUCUGGAUUCAUACAUGAAUGAAAUAUUGUAUCAUCGGGGACUUUAGCAUUAAGACAUAUUUCCAUUCUUAUAUAGUGUAAAGAUUUUUCUUCAGAGAUUUAAAGAGGGAUAUAAAGUGUGCUUGAAUUUAUCAUGUGCUCGUUUGUAGGAAAGAAAGCUGUGAGGUUUCAUUUUUCACAACACAACACCGGCAUAAAAAAAAAGAAGAACUUUAUUAUGAGACACCAACAUACGGUCUAUUUUCUUUUUUCAACUGACUGGAAUCAGGGUUCGUUAAUAGCGGUCGCAUGCUCAUCCAUGUUGGGUUGUUUCACCAGCAGCUACAGAAGGGAUCUUUCUAAGGUGAAUUGGCACAUUGUGAGAUAUUUUACUGCAUAUUGUAUAUAAGAAUAUUUUAUUUUGAGCAAUUUAAUUGCACCUUAUUUCAUGGCAGUCUAUGCAUUUUAUGAGAGCGUUUGUCUGUUUUUAUUACUAUCGCACACGGUGGACAGCUGAUGCCCGGAUUGCAUGUAUUUGUAAUACGUUAAAAAAAAUAGUUUGAAAAACUAAUGGAAGCUUCACUCGCUGCUGCAGCUAGUUGGCCAAAGCAGGACUUCUUCCAGAGUAGCGACAACUUAUACAAAUCAGCGGUUUUUAUUUUUUAAUAUAUUCACGAAGUCAGUGGAAAUGCAAAACGGAAUGAGAGAUGCAGAACAAUUUUACAAUAGUACUGUAGUUCAUUUGAUACCCGAAUAAUAGUUUACUUGGUAGUUUUCACCUGGCUAAUAUAUGUGUCUUCAUUGAUAUUGUCACUGAGGGAUUUAUUUUACUGAUUCAGCAUGCUCUACCAAGAUUGUGGCUUCUUGUGGGGGGUUGACGAUCAAAAAGCUGAUGCAUCUCAUGCUCAUCCAGAGGGCUUGGGCCUCCUUUUUUAAACCAACCACUAGCCUCACUGUCUGUCAUGAUAACCCGUUUGUCGUGUGGAAAACCCGCAAUGCAAUUAUUAUUCAAUAAAAAAGCCAGUUUUAUUUUAAUUUGUUAGAAAAGGCAUUUAAUCUGUCCGAAGCUCAACGGCACAACCUUAUUUACAGCAAAUUAAUGUGUGAGAAAGUACACUGCAUACGUGUAGAUGUGUUUUUGUUUUAUUUUGUUAACACUGACGCACUGAACACAACCUCCAAGAUAUUAAUAUGCAUAAAUUUCUUUUUUUUAAACUAUUCAGCAGCCAAAAAAAACCGCCAUCUUUGCGUUUUGGUGGUGGUUUAAAAAAAAAGGUGUCCUGUGGUCGUUCCUCCACAACUCAGUGCUACUAAUCACGUGGUCUAGACACUAAUUAACCGUGUCUUACCCUGACUUAUAUCUGAGUGCUAACACUGACUGUUAACCAUAACCAGACGUAGCAUCUGUGUCUUGUCCUUUCCAAGUUUGACUUUACUUUCCUUCUUUUUCGGGAGAUUUUAACAAAUAAAAAAAAAGAUUCCCAUUGGUC